AUCAGACGAUGGUGGUCGGAGCGCAACGCUCCUGCUGGUGGCUUUUCCACUUCCAUCGCGCAGUCUUCUGGCCGGACCGAUCGCCGCGAUCUCGCCCCGCACCCGAAAAAUCGUCUUGUCCGUGGUUCCGCGCGAAACAUUGAAAAAAAAAAAAAAAAAAAAAAACGGGCAUUUCCCGGACCGCGACGUCAGUUCAGUUCCACGAAGGUGCUUUCGUCCGUCUUUUCUAAUUGCACAGUAUCACAUACACUUACGUGUGGAUUUGCAAUUUUUUAAUUUUUAUUUUCAAGUGCCAGUCGAUGUGAGGACGGUGAUUUCAUGAGGGAUUAGCGAAGAACCAGCGGAGCCGAGAGAGACAGUGCCAACAUGCGGGAGAAACGAUGGCGGCUGCUGCUGCUCGCUCUGUACGGAUUAUUAUUGGUCCACGCGGUCUCCGCAGCGCUCAAGACCAGGCCGAAAUUCAAAAUCGCGACAACCUCGACGACGACCACGACGACAACCACCACCGAGGAGCCUCGGGAGGAAGAAAAUAACAAUACGAGUUCGGAAACGACAACGGUCGCGACCGAAACCAACGGAACGACCGGGCACACCUUGACGGGAAUACCGCAAAUCGAUUACAUAUGGGACCCGAAUUUACCGCGCGAGUUGAACGGUUACAAUCUCAGUGAUUAUCCGUUCUAUAAUAGCAUACCGGAGAAUAUUGACUUCAAAUGCGACGGUCUGCACGAUGGGUUCUACGCCAGCGUGCCGCACAAAUGUCAGGUCUACCAUCACUGUCUCUUCGGCACUCGCUACGACUUCCUGUGCGCCAACUUCACGGCGUUCGACCAAAAGACCUUCAUCUGUCACUUCGUGUCCGAGGUCGACUGCGCCAAUUCCAAAAAAUACUGGCACAGAAACGACGCUCUUUAUCAGGCCGCCACGACAACAACCACGACCACAACGACGGUAGCGCCGGUCACCGCGUCGACCAGUCGACCGGGACGCGACAGACUUGCUUCCCGACGAAGACCUCCUCCGACAAGAAGGAGACCUUACGACUAUUAUGACGAGGAUUAUUACGACGACGAGUACGGUCGUCCGCGGGACUUCGCCGGCCGAGAUGAAUACGAAUACGACGACCGGAAGUACAGGAGAGAUCGCGACUUCAGGGAUCGGGACCGCGAUCGUGACUUCCGGGACAGAGAGCCGCCGCCGCCGCCACCGCCACCGCCGCGCGGUAGAGACGAUAGAGAUCGCGAAAGGUACUCGAGCAGAGGAAACAGAAGAGAGCCUCCCAGACUGAGGGAUCCCCUCGAGGACGACUUGAGAUCUCGGGGAAGAAAUCCAGACCAGGGUGUCAUCAGAUCGUCGUCGAGAGAGGUGGACGAUUCAGAUACGUAUGACAGGCGAACGGAGUCAAGAAACAGGGAUGUUGACGAUCGAAGAUAUCGAGACGAUUACGACGAUAAGGAAUCCGCGGCGCCUUCGGCGAGUGCGACGUCGAAUUCGGAAGGUCUCGUGAAACCGGCUGCGCCAAGCAGUUCGGUUUACUCGCGACCGAGAACACCGCCCAAGAUUAGACGACCGGUGCCGAUAUCGGAGCAAGAUCGGUACGCGUACAAAACCACUCCUGCGCAACCAACAGAGGAGCCACGGCGACGACCGGCAGAUCUGGCGGAAGAUGAUUAUUACGAUGACGAGUUAGAAGACAUUAGGCCAAGAAGACCGCUCAGAAGAAGACCCUCGUACAGGGACAGAGAUCGGGACAGAGACUUUUACGAAACUCGAGAUCGGGAUCGCCCCUUCAGAACUCGUUAUCAUUCGCCGCCAGAAGAGGUACGACUCAGGACACAUCAAGAUCGCUCGAGGGAUCGCUAUUACGAUCGUGAGAGAGACCGAGGCAGGGAUCGCGGCAAGGAUCGCGGAUCGUCGGAUCGUGACCGAGGCAGAUCGCAGGAUCCCGAAAGAUCCGCGGAUCGCGAUUCGCGGGGAAGAUCGCAGGAUGCCGAUAGGCAAGAACGACCGUACUCGCCGCGGCUUCUCGAUCGCGAGAGAGACGUCGAACGAUCGCGAUCGAGAUCGAAGGAUCUGUCAGACACCACGGAGGUAUCGAGAAGACCGAGCUCGUACGACAGAACAACUGAGAAAGCGACUACAACAACCACUACCACAACGACUACAACGACCUGCUUGCCGGAACAGCUCGUUCAUUAUAAGUCCGAGAUAGAGUCCAAAGACGUGGUGACCGAUCAACCGGAGAAGCCAUCUUAUUCGGAACGACCAGCCAGACCUAUUCAAACGCAAAGUGGUGGUCGCGUAGCAAUGAGUGACAGUCAGGAUUAUCAGAGAAACUUGUCGGAGAAAUCGCAGAGACCGUCUCAACAAGUGGAUUACCAAGAGAGAGACUCGGUUUCUUCUACCUUAGACGGUAGAAACGAACAAGAUCAUCAUCAGGCCGCGUACCCUGACGAAUACUCCUCGGAAUAUUAUGACGAACCGCUGGAAGAGCCACCGUCUUCUCCUCCGCCUCGCACCACCGUUCGAAUAGUGAAGAGGCCUUUCCUGCCGUCUCGAGGCGGUAAUCCUAAUCCGAGAGGAUUAUCACCGGUCGGUUCUAAAGCGUCACAACCGCCUAGAAGAGAGGAAGAAGUGCUGAGUGAUCAGCGAAGCACCGAAGAAGAAAACGAACGAAAGACUUAUUACGUGCAAGAGGAACAAGAAGACAAUAGAAAUAUCAAUAAUCAGGAAUCACACCUGAAUCCAGACAACAAGCAACCGUACGACGCUUACAAAACCGUUCUGAAUGAUCCUCAGAAGAAACAAUGGCAAGAGGAUUACGACAGUGUGAUAUCCAGACCCGUGCUACAAAGACCGACAGAGAAGAACGAAGAGGAAGUCUCAAGAGGCACGGAGAACCUGUCGAAUUCCUCCAGAGGAUACUCCAUUCAAAACCAAUCGUACGAUUCACGCGGGCAUCAAGGAGAUAAUCUCACGCCUAAGUGGACGGAGAACUACUCGAGCAACAAGCACGCGAACGCUGGCAACGUGCCAACGUCCUCAGGAUCACCGAUCGUUCGCAACAAAGCCCGACUUCCUUCCGUCGAGACCACGCCGAAUAUCUACAGUUCGACGUACAAGAGCGAAGAUUUUCAGGAUCUACCCACCGGACCUGGCUACAGAGCCAAGCAGAGGAUCAACGAAGUGACGCAUCGUCUUCAGGACAUACCCGAGAGCGAGUACGACGUAACUCUGAACGACGCGCUGACGCCGACUCUGAUUCAGGAAGCCAAUCUGCCGAGCGGAUUUGUUCUGCCGAUUCAUCGACAACAUCUGGGCAGAGACGCCGUGCUACAACCUUCCGAAAAUAAUUACAAGCUCUCCAGAGCCAAUCAUCAACAUCAACAACAACAACAACCGCAACAUCAGGAACAAAAACCUUUCAUCCCGAGUACGCAGUUUUUGCCGGCGACGAAUAUCAAUAACGACCGCGGCCGAACGUUGUACUACAGAACGCCGGAAGCGAUACAGGUCAGCGGGGCGCAGUACAGACAGCAAAGACCGUGGCAGGAAUACACCGCGUACUGACGACACGCACAAUGACGAUGUGAGACUUCAAAGGACGAAACGCUCGAAAAUAUAAAUUUUUCACGAAGCGUAUCAUCCUUGGCUUCGCGAGAGAAUAAACGACUAAUUUAAUACUGCCACCGAUCGACUCACUUACAGGAAAGACACUUUCACGGAAGAAACGCUCUUCUUUCUUUUAUGAAACUGACUUUCCGUCAACAGACAUCACGUUACUUCGACACUACUUGUAGCCCUUGUUGCAAUCGGAUGAUCAGUGUCUUUCAUUCCAAAGAACGCGCGACACACCUCGACGCGUCGCGUCGCUCCGAGGGUAGGGAAAUAAUCAGUAAACGAUUCAGCUAGGUAUUAAUGUAGUACGCGAGAGAGAGAGAGAGAGAGAGAGGAGGUUUUUAUAAUUAUAAAUUAAACUGCGAGAAAAAAAGACGAGAUCAUUUAAAAAAAAAAAACGCUUUACAGCGAGGAAAAGUGUGCGCGAGACGUGUAACAAUGAGAUGUUAGUCAUUCUAAUAUUCAUAUUGAUAUGUACUCAUCAUUACUCACGAAUAAAAAACAAACACUAAAAAUAACGGCAGGAUCAAUGUCCAACGAUAACCGCAAUCGCAGAUGAUUCGUUCCGAGAUCUUCGCUAGAGAGAAAUUCUACUUGGCAACUAUGAUAAUGUAAUACAAUGCAAAUGUGUGUUGUAGCGUAAUGCGAUACAGACGUUUUCCCUUAGCAAUGUUACAUGAUAAAACCACGGAAACGUUAUAGAGUCUAAUAUAACGGUUUGAUUUUGCGACGUUAAUGCACACCGCGUCAAAAUUCAAAUCUCUCUCUAUUUGAGUUUCAGAGAAGCGUUGAAUAUGUAUAUUACUCUUCUUUUUCAUCCGAACCGUUUUUGUAAAUAAAUAUGCGAUAUUCUAUUUUGCGCACGUUCAAGAUAAAUUGCAAAUUCGAAAUAAAUGUUUUUUUGUUUUUUUUUUGUUUUUACGGAAAACUGUAUACGUUAAGUUUCAUCGUCGAAUCUUGAUAGAUAUUACUAGCGAAUAAGUCUUCCUGAGCGUAUGCCUUGUCUUAAAAACUAUGUCGAUAUUUACGAAAUAAACAAAUAAGAAAUUA